AUGGACUCGAAUAUCGAACGCCGAGAGAUCGACCGCGUCCUUCGCCUCAAGCGCAAGCAGCGCGAAUCAAAGGCAUGUUAUCCCUGUCGCCAGCGAAAGGUCAAGUGUGAUGGCGCCCAUCCCUGCAGGACUUGUGUCAGGCGAGAGCACCCCCAGAUAUGCGCCUACAACGUCGAAGAGACUCGGAAGAAAGCACAUUCCAACGGUAAUAUAACAGACAAUACAUCCCAGAAUAACCUUAGACGUCAUGUACAACCGUCUCAUAGUGCAGAGAUCGGGCCGAGCUCCCCGGACAGCCCUCGGAGCUCGGCGCAGAACCAGGACUACGUGUUCUCCGGGGAUAACUCGCUGGUCUCGAUACUGCGCCAGCAGGACCCGGAUGGGAGUAUGGCUCGCGAGGCUACCUCUGUCUUGGGCCUGCACAAUACGUAUCUGAGCUAUCCGUUCAUCGAGUCGAAGACGCCGCAUGAUCGGUGGGUGGCUAUCCUAGAUAUCCUGCCCCAUCGAGACGAGGUUUUAAAAUUCUUUCAUUUCUACCGCAUAUGUGCAUACCCGUUUAACCCGAUCCUCGUCGACGUGGACAAGUUCGAGUCGGAUAUAUGCAUCUACCUGAGCACGUAUGCGUCAGGCGAACUGAGCGACCGGAAUAAGAUAUCGGAGAAAUGGACGUCAGGGAGAUCUGUUGGCCAUAUAAGUCUCCUCCUGGCGACACUGGCAGCCGGUGCUCACUUCUCUGAUCUGGAGAACCCCCAGCGCUCUGAGCUGUGCCAGGAUUUUGCCCGCCGUUCUUUUCAGGCUCUGCGUCUCGCAAACUUCCUGCUUCGACCAUCGCUGGAUGUCGUCCAGGCUCUCCUCAUUCUCGGCAAUACGCUCCAGAACAACGGCCAGUCCGAUGCAGCCUGGGCCUUGCUGGGAACGACGGUCAGGUUGGCUCAAACACUGGGUCUGCAUACGGAGAGAGGCAUCUCGCACUGGCCGGAGCACGCGAAACAGAAAGCGAAAUUACUAUGGUCAAUGACAGUCUGGCAAGACAGCCUUCUAAGCCUCUGCUACGACCGCCCACCCAUCGUCUCAAACAUGCGCUGGACACCAGAAGCACUAUCGUCGCCUCGGCUGGAACUCUCAUACGUCAACCUCAUGCACUACUUCUGUUGGGUAGGGCUCGAGAUCAUGAAGAUGGAGGAAACCGCCGAGCCCCAGCCAAACCACAACCUCACCCUGCUCACUAAUCUCGACAGUGUUUUUAAUCGAGCACAGACGCACCUCCUCGCCCGCGAGAGCUGCAGAAAUCUACAGCAGCACCUGGAACAUCUCGCAUUGCGCAUGCACAUGUCUUUCAUCGCCUCCGCGCUCUGUCGACCGGCUAUCAAGAGAUCACCAGGACUUCUAAACGAAGAUCCGCGUUUACUAUCCCUGAGAUCUCGAGCACGACAAAGUCUGAUCACUGCAUCCCGUGCUUUUCUUGAUUUCCAGGCUCUCUCUGUUGUGCCCCUGAGGACGUGGUCGAUGGUUCACACGGUGCUCAGCUCGACGCUGCUUCUCUGCACGUGGCAGGAAACGAGGGAGGAUGUGGUAUGUCGUGACCUGCAGCAGAGAGUCAUUGAGGUAUUCUCUGGGGCUGGGACGGGGAUGGAGACCGGGUCGGAGUAUAGCCAGUGGUUAUCGGCCAGGCAUAUCCGGGCGUUGAUUACGCUGCGUCAGACGCUGAGGAAGCGGACGCGGACUCAGGAUACGGAGGCUAAUCAGAAUGAACAGUUGCAUGCCAUUGGACCGAACAUGCAAGCUGGGGAUGGGAAUAUGAUGUCGACAGAGCUCUCAUAUAGUGAAUUGUUUCCGGGCCUGGACUAUGGGUGA